AUGUCAGACCGCGGAAGGUCAACUUCGCCUAAACCCCUUCAGGAUACAGAUCGAGAUGUCGACAUGGACUUGGACAAAAAUAAUUCUAAUUCUAAACCAGACGCAAAAGUCGUUAUCAUAACGAACCUCACAAGGAAUGUAGUGGAAAGCCAUUUGAGAACCAUAUUCGGAUUUUAUGGACAAAUAACCAAGGUUGACUUGCCUUUGUUUGGAAAAUCGGGACAAAAUCGAGGAAAAGCCGCAUUGGAGUUUACAGUUCCCUCAGAGGCUCAUAAAGCUGCUUCUCAUAUGAAUGGGGGUCAAUUGGAUGGCGCUAUUGUAAAAGUAGAGCUCUCGGAUCUGCCUGUCCGCUCUCGCUCUCGCUCUCCCAGGCCACGAAAUGGCCGGGACCGUGCUCGUUCUUUUUCACGGUCCAUCUCGCGUUCGCGUUCACGCUCUCCACAAGCGUCCAGAUUUCGUAGGAAGGGUGGCGACGACCACAGAGAUCCUUAUCGUAGCGGACGAGGUGGAUUCGGUCGUGGAGGAAGAGGGGGUCGUGGAGGGAGAAUUUUUCGUCGUGGUGCAAGCCGUUCUCGAUCUCGCUCGCCUGCUCGUGGGGGCAGAGGUAUAGGUCCACGGAGACGCUCCCCUAGCUACUCAAGGGGUGGGUAUGGAAGGAUGCGUCGUUCACGUUCAAGGAGCUAUUCAGUACGCUCGAGCCGCUCCCGUUCCCGAACUCGGUCUUUCUCGCGAUCAAGGUCAAGGUCGCGCUCGUUGUCUUAUUCUUCGUACUCGAGGUAUAGUCGCAGCAGAAGUAGAAGUCGAACCCGUAGUCGGUCCAGGACAAGGUCAUUGAGUCGAGGAAGGAGGACUAAAAGUAGGAGUAUGAGCCGGGACGAUAUCAGAGACAGUCGGUCUCGGUCUCCUGUAAGUUAA